AUGGUUUGUAGUUUCCACACGUUAUCGCAACCUAUCUUAACGCUUUGCACUACAGCUCAGAAGCCGCAAUAUCCUCCGGCGUUCCCCUUACAACCUUCUCUGGCAUCAUCUUACAACAACGCCCCGAGUGUUCUUCCCAACGUACUUGAUACCAGUGCUCCGAACGCACAAGAUGUUUGUCCUGGAUACAAAGCCACCAAUGUGGAGCAAACCAGUUCUGGUCUGACGGCUGAUUUGACUCUGGCUGGUACGCCCUGCAAUGUCUACGGUAAUGAUAUCCAAGACCUCAUUUUGUCUGUACAAUAUCAAAAUCGAACCAGACUUGCCGUCAGCAUCACUCCCAAGUACCUAGCUCCGCACAAUGAGUCGCUCUAUAUCCUUGAUGAACGUUAUACUCCACGACCCGGCGCUGAAGCAGGCUGUACCAAUACUACCAGUGACCUGGCCUUUUCUUGGAGCAACGAUCCCAGUUUCCAGUUCAAAGUCUCUCGAGUCGGAUCUGGUGAGACUAUCUUCAGCACAUAUGGCAAAAAGAUAGUUUUCGAAGACCAGUUCCUCGAGCUCGUCACUUCGAUGGUUCCGGAUUAUAAUGUGUACGGCUUUGCUGAAGCUUUCCACUCUUUCCGGCUAGGCAAUAAUUACACACAAACUUUCUGGAAUGCCUACAAUCUAGACAAUGACCAGCUGCCUGACGUCAAUGGACACAGCACGCAUCCAGUUUACCUGGAGACUCGCUAUGGCAAUGACACAUCUACCUCUCAUGGUGUAUAUGCUCGCAACGCACAUGGUCAAGAUUGGCUGCUCAGGGAAGACACCAUCACAUACCGCACCAUCGGCGGCAGUUUCGACCUCUACUUUCUUAGCGGCCCUACACCGAAAGAAGUCAUCAGCCAAUACCAGGUGGGUAUAGUCAACACCCCCGGCAUGCAAGCUUACUGGGCACUUGGUUUCCAUCAAUGUCGCUGGGGCUAUUUGAACUGGACAAACCUCCGCGACGUAGUCGAGUUGUACGCCGAGCAAAACAUUCAACUCGAAGGCAUCAUGAACGAUCUCGAUUACCUCAAUCUAAACAGAGAUUUUACCCACAAUGCAAAUUACCCAGUGGACGAAGGUAGAGAGUUCUUGAAUUGGCUGCAUGCGCGUGGUCAAUACUACUUGCCUAUCCUGGAUCCAAACAUCUACGCCCCAGACCCGACAAAUGCCAGUGAUGCAUACCCACCCUUCGACCGCGGCAAUGAACUCGAUGUCUUUAUCAGAAAUGGCAACGAUAGCUUGUACUACGGCAUGGAAUGGAAUGGCUUCAGCGUCUGGCCCGACUUCUCCGUGCCCCAAGCCCAACAAUUCUGGACAGAGCAAUUCCUCGAGUUUCACAAGUCACUAGCGUUCGAUGGCUUUUGGCUCGAUGUCAGCGAUCCCACUUCCUGGUGUACAGGAAGUUGUGGCCAAUAUCAGCGAAGUUUAAAUCCUGUGCAUGUGCCUUUUGCACUUCCUGGAGACCCUAACACAAGUAUUGCGGUGGAUUAUCGCUAUCCGGAGAUGUUUAAUGUUACGAAUGCGACUGAAGCUGCUUCAGCUAGUGCGGCAAGGGCGUCGCAGUCAUCGGCGUAUCCGUCGAUGACACUUGCUCCUUCUCCUAUUUUGGAACGAACACUUGCUACUCCUGGUGUUCGCAAUCUCAACUUCCCUCCUUAUGCGAUUAACAACUUCUUGCCUGGUCAUAGUCUGGUAAAGCAGGUUAUCGCACCGAAUGCUACUCAUCUGGAUGGACCGUACAACAGUACCGAGUAUGAGUUGCACAAUCUUUAUGGCCAUCUAAGUGCCAAUGCAUCAUACAACGCUCUUGUUGCGGUGUAUGAAGGGAAAAGACCAUGGUUCAUCGCUCGAAGCACUUUCGCUGGAAGUGGUGCCUUUGCUGGCCACUGGGGUGGUGACACGAACUCCGACUGGGGAGACAUGUAUUUCGGCAUCUCGCAAGCCUUACAAUUCUCCAUCGCUGGUAUACCGUACUUUGGUGUUGAGACUUGUGGCUUCAAUGGAAAUGCAGACAUGGAGUUGUGUACAAGAUGGAUGCAAUUGAGCGCAUGGUUCCCCAUGUAUCGCAACCACAACAAUCGCAACACCAUUGCUCAAGAAGCAUAUCGCUGGGCAACUACAGCCGAGUCAACGAGACGCAUCAUGAACAUCCGCUACUCCUUGCUUCCGUACACAUACACACUCUUCCACAAAGCAAACAAGGCAGGAGAGACAGUACUCAGAGCUUUGGCUUGGGAGUUCCCCGAGGACGAAUCGCUCAAAGCCAUCGACAACCAAUUCAUGAGCGGUCCAGCACUCUUGGUAACGCCAGUACUCGCACCGCUCGCCACCUCAGUACAAGGCGUGUUCCCUGGAGUGGCGACUGGAACUAUUUGGUACGACUGGUAUACCCUGUCAAAGGUCGAUGUUGCUCCAGGAGAGAAUAAGACAUUGAGUGCACCGAUCGAGCAUCAACCAAUCUUCGUCAGAGGUGGCUAUAUCAUCCCCAUCCAAAAAGCUGGAAACACGACUGCCACUUCUAGAAAGAGUCCUUGGAGCUUGCUUGUUGCUCUUGACAAGAAUGGUAUGGCUAGUGGUGAGCUGUACCUCGAUGACGGCAUCAACAUAGUUCAGAAUGCAACCAAGAAUGUUGAGAUCUCCUUUGCAAACAAUACGUUGUCUACCAAGAUUACUGGUAACUUCGAAGACGGCAUCCCAUUGGCAAACAUCACCAUCGCCGGUGCGUCGGCUCUGCCGAAAGACAUCAAACUCCAUGUCGAUGGCGCGGCUUGUGAGACUUCUGUCGUUGAAGUCAAGGCAGGUGGCAACGUGACCUACAUAACAGGACUUGAGGGUGUGACAACCGGUGGAGCGUGGCAGAGCGAUUUGACACUCCAUCUGGUAUACUGA